GACGUUAAGGGGCUCCCCUCAUUAUCCACCCACCCGUAUUCGACUAGAGCCGACACUGGUGCCGAAGCCCAACAGAUUUGUAGAAUGACGAAGGCCGUCGUCGAGCGCAUACGCUUUUCUAACGAGUGGAUUUUCUCUUACAUAAGACGUCUAGCCUCUUUACAUACUAAUUUAAUCGAGAUAUUUUAUUUUCCAAAAUACAUCAAUUCUAUUUAUUUUCGGAAAAAAGUGAAUGGUACAACGAUUAGAAGUUGGUCAAUUGUCAACCCGUCGAAGUCAGGUCUCUGUCGCUUAUCGACGUAACUCGACCAAUCGUUUACGCGCGAACGCGCUCUCCUCGUUGAGAAAAUCGAUCGAUAUUGCGGCAAACGGCAAAGUAGGGAGGAAUCAUGAGAAUUCAUUAUUCUUUCCGUCUUUGCUAGAGCUCCGAGAAAAGAAGUCCGACGCAUCGUUCAUUUUUCGAAUGUCUUCCCACAUUGACUGACGCACCACCAUCGAAUUGCCGCGCUUUCAUUUCUAUCUUUUUGAACUAUAUAUUUCAAAAUGGGCGGCAACAAUACUGGAAGGAGCAUCUUCACUUACGAUACUUUGGUACACGCGUUGUCAGGUGCGGCUGGUAGCGUUAUCGCUAUGGCAACCUUCUUCCCGCUGGACACCGUACGAAGCCGAUUGCAACUGGAGGAAAAUAGAGAAGCAAAGAAUACACUAGCGAUGAUACGUGAGCUAACUUCGAAGGAAGGAUCGCAUACUUUGUACCGAGGAAUGGUACCCGUUCUUCAAAGCCUUUGUGCCAGUAAUUUUGUUUAUUUCUACACGUUCCACGGUUUGAAGAUGUUGAGAAGUAGAAGAAAUCAAACAGCCAGGAAUGAUCUUUUGGUAGCAUCAAUCGCAGGUGUGAUCAACGUGCUGACAACGACACCCCUUUGGGUAGUUAACACAAGAUUGAAAAUGAAAGGGAUCGGUAGUGUCGCUGAAAAAAACAAUAACGAUUAUAAUACAUUGUACGAUGGUCUUUUGCAUAUAUGGAAGUAUGAAGGAUUAGAAAAAUUAUGGGCAGGUACGUUUCCCAGUCUGCUUCUCGUUGCAAAUCCAGCUAUUCAAUUCAUGACAUACGAGAGUAUAAAGAGGAAAAUCGAUACGUCCUCUUCUGACAUUCAACCACCAGCUUGGAUCUUUUUCACUAUUGGUGCGAUCGCGAAAAUGGUCGCUACGACGUUAACUUAUCCUUUACAAUUAAUACAAACGAAACUGAGGCACGGACACAAGUAUCCUGACUUGCCACCGAAUGCUGGAACUAUCCAAAUUCUUUUUUAUAUUUUAAAAAAACAAGGCAUACUUGGAUUGUACAAGGGGAUGGAAGCAAAACUUUUGCAGACCGUCUUAACUGCCGCAUUGAUGUUUCUAACUUACGAGAAAAUAUCAAGAUUUGUAUUUCGUAUUCUCCUUCAUAGACCUGGUGUCAGAUAACGAUACGAUUAUGUGUUUAGAGGAUGUAUUUAAGCAUAAAUCGGUUAUCAGAAUUUAAAUAAAUAUAUAUAUUAAUGCGA